CAACAUACACCUACAAUAUACACCUACAACAUACACCUACCCACCUACAACAUACACCUACAACAUACACCUACAACAUACACCUACCCACCUACACAUACACCUACACUUAUACGCCAACUACCCCAUACAGCCACCAACCAACCCACCAACCUCCUCGAAAUCCUACCCCAAUUUUCAAUUUUUUUAUUUUUCACCAAUUCUCAUUAAUUCAUGUAUCAUUGAACCCUCAAUAUCAUCAAUUGACAAUUCGGUAUAAUUACUGCUCUAAGAUCGAUACUCUACAACCAUUAAUUCACUCUAAUAUUGAAUCAUCCAAUUCCGUUGUCUUUGUCGCGACGGACAUAGUGCAUCAUAAUCAUAGCUGCACCCAUCCGCAUCCUACGAACCUUAUUAUUCUCAACCCUCAACUUGCAACUUCUUCCUCUGCCCGUGAAAUCGAAGUCCAAGAGAACCGAGAGAGACUUCUAAAUCGUUGGAUCUAUAACAUACCUACCUACCUUCUCUUCCGGGUAAAUCCAACAAGACGCAAUCUAUCUUGUUUUCCCCAAUUAGGCUUGUCUAUCAGGACGACUGGGGUAGCUUUACCUACCCAACUACCUUUCAUUAUCGUCCCUCUUGCAUUCGGCCUACACACCCGGCUCUACGUUGCUGACUGUCGAUCCAUCACACUCGACAAGCAGCAAUCUACCAUUUUCAUUCUAUGCCGACACUCGGAUUUUUGAAGAAGAAACGGACGAAGGAGUCUCCGGGUAUAACCUCUCCGACAUCCAGUCAAGCCACAAGUCCGAUAACCCCCACAUCAUCAAGAGGCUUCGAUAACUCAAUAGCUUCCAUAUCUACCCAGUCUACUGUAUCCCAAUCCCACGGGCACGAGGUUCUUCAAACUACAACCUCUCGCACAGUAGACCAGCCUGCUGCUGUGGCCAAAAAAGCCUCAAUGACACAAGGGAUAACUCAACAGCAGCAAUCUGCGCACAUUCAUUCCGAUCAACAUCAGCAUAGGCAAAACUCCCCUAGUAUUAGCAAUUUGAUUCAUCCACCACAGCAUGACGGCGCGAGCCAGUCAUAUCCAACCCCACCAACCUCCUCGCAGACUUCGCUACAUCCUGUAGCUGCUAACGCCAGCACACUCCAAAUGGAUGCCUCGCACCGGCUUUCCCAGCAAGCACAACAGCAGCCACAGAUCAGACAAACCAAGGGCAAAUAUUCAUUGACCGACUUCGAAAUCCAGCGCACAUUAGGUACUGGAAGUUUUGGGCGAGUUCAUUUGGUUCGAUCGAAGCACAACCAACGAUACUAUGCUGUAAAGGUAUUGAAGAAGGCUCAGGUGCACAAGAUGAAGCAGGUCGAACAUACCAAUGAUGAAAGGAGAAUGCUGCAAGAAGUCAAACACCCAUUCCUCAUCACUCUCUGGGGUACAUUCCAAGAUUCGAAGAAUUUAUACAUGGUCAUGGAUUUUGUAGAGGGAGGUGAGCUAUUCUCUUUACUGAGAAAAUCACAAGUAUGUUCAAUGGCACCAAUUUCUUGAGAUAUACUAAUGAUUCGUUUCAGAGAUUCCCCAACCCAGUAGCCAAAUUUUAUGCCGCUGAAGUUACAUUGGCCCUUGAAUAUCUCCACUCAAAACAGAUCAUCUAUCGAGAUCUAAAACCAGAGAAUUUACUUCUUGACAGGCAUGGACAUCUUAAGAUUACUGAUUUUGGAUUUGCCAAAAAGGUCCCAGAUAUCACAUGGACAUUGUGCGGGACCCCGGAUUACUUAGCACCAGAAGUAGUCUCAAGUAAAGGUUAUAAUAAAUCUGUAGAUUGGUAAGUAUUGGUACCUUCAUUCCCUUGCUAUCACUUCCUACAGAGCGAAAAUGCUUUCGCGAUAGUGACCCAGCGGAGCUUCGUCAAUUAGACCUUCCUCUCUUCAUAGUUUCUCUUAUGGGGGCUUGCCCCCAAACCCCCGUCCUCGCUGCGCUCGAUUGGAAACUUAAAAGGUUGUUUACUAAUAUUUCGAAUCAGGUGGUCGCUUGGGAUACUGAUUUUCGAAAUGCUUUGUGGUUUCACACCAUUUUGGGAUGGUGGUUCACCUAUGAAGAUUUAUGAGAAUAUCCUAAAAGGGAGGGUCAAAUAUCCUCCCUACAUUCACCCAGAUGCACAAGAUUUAUUACAACGAUUGAUCACAGCAGAUCUUACCAAGCGUCUUGGCAACUUACAUGGAGGUUCUGAAGACGUCAAAAAUCACCAAUGGUUUGCCGAAGUAACUUGGGAAAGGUUAUCCAAAAAAGAUAUUGAUGCGCCUUAUGUCCCUCCUGUCAAGGCCGGAGUUGGUGAUGCUAGUCAGUUUGAUAAAUACCCCGAGGAAACGGAGAUAUAUGGUCAAGGUGGGCCUGAUGAGUAAGUAGAUUUCUUGAACUUCAUCAAAUCUAGGCUAACAAUAUUAGAUUUGGGCACCUAUUUGUCGAUUUUUAAACAAAAAGUUCAUCCUCGGAGUCUCGGAGCUAGGCCACAUUACUUUUAAGAAGGCCGCAUUUCUUUUGUAUUUUGCAGUUUUAAACCAUUCUUCUGCACAUAUAUUACAGUACGGACAAGAAAACCUUCCGUCGCAUCAUCUCCUUGAUUCACAAGCAUUGGACUGGAUAUUAGGUGGUUUGCUCUGGCUUAGCAGCUCUUUGAUGAAUGGUGGCGGAUGGUGUGAGUAUGGUUGGUACCCAUUGGGAUGUGGGAUUCUAGUCCCACUCAUUUUUUGGAACUGAGAACGUGAUGAUGUGGCCCCACUUUGACGCGUGGGGAUUGAAUUGCUCCAUAUUAGUAUGGAUUGUGGUGAAAUGAUGUUCAUGCCCCAUCGCACGGAAUGGAAUGCGGGUGAUGUGGUAUGGAUGAAUGGGACUCGAUAUUAGUUAUGUCCCCAAGAGGAAUUGAAGGUUAAUGAAGCAAAUGAAAAGAAAGGAAAGGAAGAAUUAUAAAUCCGAUUCUUGAUAGUGAAUAGGAUAUUACUCUCUUCUUGAUAUUUUCGUAUAUGUGUUUGAUGCGAAGGGAGUGGUGACUAAAUGUGAUUAGACGAGGUGAAUUGGGUGAGGUGAAUUGGAUGGCAGAGCAGUUCAAUGUUCGAUCGAGGUUGAGUGGGAUAAUGGGAUUUACCUACUAUUCUCUAAGAUUAAAUGUGAUGGAAUAAUAUGGUGUAAAUGUUUGAGAUGGAGUGGGAUGGAUGAUACGGGUUGAAAUAUUUGAGUUUGGAUGGGAUAAUAAGGGAAAAUGGGUGUUUCAAUAUUUGAAAUCGAGGUUGAGGUUGAGAAGAUCGAAGCUGGGGAAGUGGUGAAAACGGAAGAAGAGUGAUAGAGCUGUGAAGGGGGUGAGGAAUGUAUGAGAAGUGGAAACUGAGAAGUGAGUAAUGUCGAUAUGGAUGGUUGAUAGUUUGAAUGUCUAUCUAGUAGGUAGAGAGGUGAGAGGUGAGAGGUGAGAGGUAGUAAGACAUAUAUGUAGAUAUAUUGGAUAAGAGGGGUAUAAAGGGCGUUAUACUUUGUAAAGAGGAAGGGAGGGGAUUACAGAGAGAGACCGUUAAUUGCUAAUUUGUUGUAUUCUGCGGAUGGUAAGAUUUAGAUUGGUAGGAUUGGAGAUGUAUGGUUUUGAGUGAGAAUUGAUGAAGUAUUUGGUUUAUCUAGGUGUAGGACUGUGUACUGGGAUGGAAUAGAAUAGGAUAGAAGAGAUGGGGGUGUAUGUUUUAGAUUGGGGGUUGGAUGCUAGGGUUUGGAAUGGAGUGGGACUUCAAAGGAGCCUGAGAAUUCGAAGGAAUAGGAGGUUAGGUGGCUAGGUUUUUAUGAGCAGGAUUUUGGGGAAGUAUUUUAAUAUAUGUGGAAAAGCUUGGAGAUUUGAAAGUUGCAAUUAAAGACGGUUAGGGAACGAAAAUAAUAACGGCGAGGGGAAGCGGUUUGGAGGUAGAAGUAAAUGGGAUGGAUGUUAGGUUCAAGAGGAUGUAUAGAUACUCUACUCUCAUCUUAGCAUUGAAAAA